GUGUGUGUGCGGAGGGCCUGAGCAGCUGCAGUUUGUGACUGGCUGGGGGUCCUGGCAGGUGGCAGCGUCAAGCCUGGAAUGUUUAAUCGGGCCGGGAGAGCCUUUGCCUGUUGAUGGCGCCUUGGCAAGGAGCACAGGGAGCGACAGGUGUCACUGAUGGGAUGCUCUUGUGACCUUAGAGAGGAAGGAUCCCAGGGGUUAGGGCACCUGCCCAGGACCCAGGUCGGCUCCCUACCCUGCUGCAGGCUCCCCAUGGGACCUUGAACAAGUUCCUGGCCUGCCUCGGUUCCCAUGGGUAACGUGGGGACGGCAGCCCAGCCCUGGGAGGGUCACUGCGGAUUGUGAGGUGCUGGGGCCAUUGAGGCACCUUAGGGUGAGAGAUCUGAGUAUGUGUCCCUCCUGUCUUGGCUCGGGCACCGUCGAGGCCCAGACUGUCAUGCCCCGUCCCUCGGGGGUGCUCGGGUUGGGAGGAGGCAGUGGGGGAGUGCGUGGCUGUGCUGGCCAAGGCGCUGCCUGGGCUCCCCAGUGCUGCGUGUGGUGUUCUGUGUUCUAGGUUUUAGCCUCUCGGGGAAUACGGGAAGCUGAACCCAUCAGCUGGGCUGGGAUCUCAAAUGUGCACAUGCAGAGGCCAGCACGUGGCUCACUGGCAAGGGACUGCAGCUGGAGCCGAGAAGGCAGAAGUUCAGGGCAAGGCUUCCCUGUGCCAGCGCCUGGUGGGGAGGGGAUGUGAUGGGCUAGAGAGAGCCCUACUGGGAGGGGCUGUCAGAUGUGACCCAUGCCGUUUCCCAGACCUCCCAGGACAGCAGAGGCUGGCUGGGGAGGAAGCGGCGCUCUGGGACCCCUCCUGAGGUGCCUGAAGCCGGAUUUCCCUGGCUGGUGGCUCUGCAGAUGCCCGAAGGCCUCCUCAUGUUCGCGUGCACCAUCGCUGACAUCAUUGAAAGGUUCACCGGUGCCGAGGUGGUGGUGAUGGGAGACGUGACCUAUGGUGCGUGCUGUGUGGAUGACUUCACGGCCAGGGCCCUUGGGGCCGACUUCAUGGUGCACUAUGGACACAGCUGCCUGGUUCCCAUUGACGCCACGCAGGGGGUGAAGAUGCUCUAUGUGUUUGUGGAUAUCAAGAUCGACACGUCCCACUUCGUGGAGACCAUCCACUUCAACUUCCCCAAGGGCGCCUGCCUGGCUCUUGUCAGCACCAUCCAGUUUGUCUCCGCUUUGCAGGCGGCAUCCCAGGUGCUGCGCUCUGAGUACAAGGUCAGCAUCCCGCAGUGCAAGCCGCUCUCGCCAGGCGAGAUCCUGGGCUGCACAUCUCCCCGGCUGGGGCCGGACACAGACGCCAUUGUGUACCUGGGGGAUGGGCGCUUCCACCUGGAAUCGGUCAUGAUUGCCAACCCCCGAGUUCCCGCUUACAGGUACGACCCCUACAGCAAAGUCUUCUCCAGGGAGCACUACGCCCAUGAGCGCAUGCAGCAUGCCCGGCAGGAGGCCAUCCACACCGCUGCCCGCGCCCGGAGCUGGGGACUCAUUCUUGGGACCCUGGGGCGCCAGGGCUCCACCUCCAUCCUGCAGCACCUGGAGGCGCGGCUCCAAGCCCUGGGCCUCCCGUUCGUCAGGGUGCUGCUCUCGGAGAUCUUCCCUAGCAAGCUGCAGCUGUUCCCCAAUGUGGACGCGUGGGUGCAGGUGGCUUGUCCCCGGCUCUCCAUUGACUGGGGAGGAGCCUUCAGCAAGCCACUGCUCACACCCUAUGAGGCUGCUGUGGCUCUGAAGGAAAUCGAGUGGCAGCAGACUUAUCCCAUGGAUUUCUACGCCGGCCAGUCCCUAGGGCCCUGGACAGUCAACCAUGCCAGCCACCAGUCCCAGAGGGGCACCAGCCAGCCCACGCAGGGUGAUGCUGGGGAACAUGGCCAGAAACCUGACCCAGCCAAGGCCUCACCCCUCCCCUUUCACCCUAGGCCAGGGAGCAGCAACCUUUGGCAUGCGGCCCGUGGGCUGAGGGAUGUGCUGGCCUCCGCUUCCCGCAGCCCCCAUUGGCCUGGACCGGCAAACCGCGGCCAGUGGGAGCUGCGAUCGGCCGAACCUGCAGACACUGCAGGUAAACAAACCGGCCUGGCCCGCCAGCGGAUUUCCCUGACCGGCCCGCACCAAAGGCUGCCGAUCCCUGCCGUAGGCAGUCAGGAGGCCUGCUACUGUGCACAGGAGAAACAUCCUGUGCUGCCUGCACCUGGCCACCAGAAGGCACCAGAGGACUGCAGGUGCUCAGAGCGCCGCACACAACAGAGGAAGCUGCCUGAACCAGUGGUACCAGUGGAUGCUGGUGUGGGGAAGCAAUGCACCGACUGCAGCUGUCAAGACAAGGCCUCAUUGCAGCCACAGCACCCCUGAACCCCCAAGCCAUGGGGAUAUUGGCAGGUACAGCCCUGCAGUUACCAGCCUGGAAAAAAGCGCACCCAGCUUUGCUCUCAGGAAGGGCUGUCUCUGACUUCAGACCUGGUGAAAGGGGCCAGUUCAACAGCCCUGUAGAUUGAUGACUGGCACCCAGAGUAGGCAGUGGCAGGGCCCCUCUCACACUGCCCUGGGAAACCAUCUCUCAGUGUCUGGCCCAUUCAGCCCGAAGUGUCUCCACGGAGGCUGCCUGAAAGGACCAGCUGUAGCAGUGGUUACUGUGAUAGGGACUGUUCCCUGGGCACUGGACUGAGAUCCCCCCAUUGAGGAACAGCUGUGCCCAGACCAUGAUUAAUUUGCAUUGAAACGCCCUGUGUGUACAACAGAGAGGUGGAAAUGGUGCACGCAAAGGCCCUUCAACUCUGCUGGGUUUCGGACGUAGUCUCACUAACUGGGGAUGUUUAGAAGCACAAAGUUGGGAACAGUGCUGAGGUUCCGAUUGCACCCCGUUUGCUGUCUGGGGAAGAUUGAUUUUACGCCAACACACUGCUCCGUUCCCCUCGGUGCCUCAGCCCCCGUGUACAGACAUCAAGGCUCAGUCUGGGGGUGGCAGUGAACUCCAACUUACACACUGUGGUUACCUUGAUAAAUUUGCCAGUUGCAGUGGAGGGACAGAUUCUUUAUCAGUUUGUGUUUCACCUUCCGUAGUUUGCAAAAUCCUCUUUGAAACUUGGAAAUGAAGUGUCCUCCAGCCCCAGAGGCCUUUGACAUGUGGGCAGAUGUGGACUCUCCUCCUGGGGCCUUGGUUCUACUCACAGAGCAGCCUUCACCUGCUGUUACUAGUGCCUGCCCAGGGUUGCUCCUGAUUAUAUGGACAUAAAGGAGAAGAGAAACAA